AUUCAAGCAACGAUAACUCACCCAGCGGGCAAAGGCAUCCACUUGGAGGCAUUUGCGCUGCUCAUUAGGCAAAGAGGAGGCGAUUCGUGUACGAAGAAUACGCUAGAAACGGAAGCUAACAUGUACAAGCUAGGAGCAUUGCUGCUGCUGCUGGCCGGCUUGGCCGGCUUGGCCAUGGCCAACGAGGCCACACCACAGGGACGCAUAUUGGGCGGCGAGGAGGCCUCGGCCACCUAUGCGCCUUACGCCGUGUCCCUGCGCAUCGACAAUGCGCAUGUGUGCGGUGCCAGCAUCGUCUCCGAGUUGCAUCUGCUAACUGCCGCCCACUGCCUCUACCGGGAUGGCAAGCUUGUCGCUGCCAGCCGCUUGUCGGGGCGUGUGGGCAGCACCAAUCAGUAUGCUGGCGGUCGUAUAGUGACCGUUGCUGCGGUCACACCGCAUCCCGACUAUAACCAGCUGAGCAACAAUUUGGCCAUCAUCACGUUGGCCAGUCCGCUGGCCUUGACGGAUCGCAUCCAGGUCAUUGAGCUGGUGGAUAUGGACGAGGCGCUGCCAGAGGAUGGCGCCGAGGUCAGCGUGGCCGGCUGGGGCAUCACUGUGGACGGCAUUACCUCGUUCAAGCUACGCCAGCUCGAUUUGCAGCUAGCCUCGAAUGCGGUCUGCCUGGAUGCGUACAAAGGACACGAUCCGACCAAGAGUUUCUGCCUGGCCCAUGGCCUCAGGGAGGGCACUUGCAAUGGCGACGGCGGCAGUGCAGCCGUCCACAACGAUCGCCUCAUAGGCGUCAGCAACUUUGUGGUGGGAGCCUGCGGCUCACGUUACCCGGAUGUCUUCGUGCGCAUUGCCGGCUACAAGGAUUGGCUGCAGGAGCAGCUCGGCAACUAACUUCACACAGCCUAACCAAUCUAUACUAAAUAUAUAUCUAUUAUACUCCAUUAAGAAACUGAUUGCAUCAUUGGAUAGACUCUUUUUAGGCCGGUGAACGGGUGGGCGUUGAGGGCCCUCAUCUUUGGAGCACUACGAGCACAUUAUGUAAGCCGAAGGCAAAGCAAUAUUUCACUUUCGCUGGCGGAAAAUGGGUGCAAAAGUCAAAGUGGCUGAACUGAUCAGCAAUGCCAACUUAAAUACAGAUCACUCUAUCUAUAAGCAGCUAGCUUUUAAGUGGAGGGACACACUUUAUAUAGUAUAUAAAGAGCUCUUGGAAGUAAU